AUGCCCCAGCGGGUCACCCUGCCUUGGCAAUCCGACAUGCAGCUGGCCGGCAAGCUGGUCCUCUCCGCCGCCGCUCUGCUCCUCCUGACUUUGGCGUACAGGUUUUAUAAGUCCCGCUCGCUCGCCGGGGGCAAAAUCCCGUCGGUUGAUGCGGGAGGAGAGCAGAGGGAAAACGCUGCCCGGGAUGGGGAUGGGGACGGGGACGGCACGGUGGCAGGUGAUGGAUGUGCCCAAAGCACAGAGCAGGAUUUGGCCGUCGGAGGCACGAGCCUGGAGGCUGAGGGGUGCGGGCGGACAAUCCAGACCCUCACUGUCACCUCAAACCUGGGUGUAACAAUGACAGCGAGCAACGCGGGGUCGGAUGACUCCUACUCUUUCUCCUCGGUCGCAAAGAUCCAGGUGGAGGAGAACUACAUCACCAAGCGGCGGGUGCAGGACGGGGCUGGCGAGACGGGCCCUGGCCUCAAAGGCAAAGUCUACGACUACUACAUCCAGUCCAUCUCCCACUCGGUGUCAAAGAAGAGGUCUCUCCCCUAUAUCCCUCCAGGAACAUCCCGGCACCGCAGCUUGGAGCAGGUCAAUGAAGACCUGCACAGUUUUGCAACCCAGGAGCCAGACCCAGCUUCGCCAACGCAGGAUCCCACCAUCUCCUCCAGCAGCAUCCUCCAGAUCCCCGACACCCCCCCCCCCCAGUUGCCCACGGAGGUUUUUGGGGUCACGGCACCAGCCAGCAUGCCGCCUGCAAGCCCCCAGCCAGGGCUGGUGGCCAGCACUGACCUCUUCCAAAUGCCAUCACCCACCCACCUGAACCUGGGGAACUGCUACGAGGUCCUCUGCAAAGCCAAGGCGCAGAAGCUCGGCCACCUCCAGGAGGCUGCCUACAAGGUGAUGAGCGACAACUACCUGCAGGUGCUGAGGACACCCUCCAUCUAUGGCCGCCUCAACGCCGGCGAGCGGGAGCUCAUCCUGCAGCAGAGGAUGAAGGGGAAGAUGUAUGUGGUCGUGGCAGACGUCAACGUGCAGGAGCCUGGCCUCCACGCCAGCCGUCUCUGCUACUACGAUGAUGGAAGGGACUGUUGGCAUCACCUCUGCCAUGUGCCACCGGAGGUGGUCUCCCGGGGUUGUGCCAUGUGCAGCAUGUUCAACUACCUCUUCGUGGUGGCCGGUUGUGAGGGCACGGGUCAGACACAGAGAUCCUCCAACCGUGUCUUCUGCUAUGACCCCCUGACCAACAUCUGGAGGGAGAUCUGUCCUCUGAACCAAGCACGGCCGCACUGCAAGCUCGUGGCCUUGGACGGGCACCUCUACGCCAUUGGCGGUGAAUGCCUCUACACAGUGGAGCGCUACGACCCCCGGCAGGACCGCUGGACCUUCACCACACCGCUGCCCCAUGACACCUUCGCCGUGGCCCACACGGCUACGGUGUGCGAUGGGGAGAUCUACGUGACGGGGGGCACCUUGCGUUACGUGCUGCUGCGUUACACCGCCCGCUCAGACAGCUGGAGGGUCAGCCCGGCCGGUGGUGGAAAGGACAGGACGGCCGAGAUGGUGAGCGCCAACGGCUUCAUCUACCGCUUUGACCUCCACCGCAGCACCGGUAUCGGCGUCUACCGCUGCAGUGCCAAGGCCAAGCUAUGGUAUGAGUGUGCUGCCUAUGCCAUGCCCAACCUGUCCGGUUUCCAGUGCGCCGUGGUGGGCAGCCUCGUGCACUGUGUCGGCCGGCACUUCCACAUACGCUUCUUGGCCGAUCACAUCUCACCACGCUUUGGGACCAAGGAGCUGCAGCCCUUCCCAUCGCCCCGCGGCAGCCUCCUCCCAGCCGUCCUGGUGCUGCCGGAGGCAGGGACGACGCAAACGCAGGUUUGA